CGACGCUGACGCCUGAGGAUGGCGGCGGCGGCGGCGGCGGCGGCGGCGGGUGCCGUAACCGCGGCCCGGAGAGGGUCAGCACAGGUGCUCAGACGGCAAAGAGCCCGCCGCCCGUGCGAGGUGUAGACGGGGCACUGCCUGCAGAGCAGGUCCUGCCAGCCUCGCUAGAGAGGAUGCCCCCGUGUCCGUGAUGGGCUGUGGGACAAGCAAGGUCCUUCCCGAGCCGCCCAAGGAUGUCCAGCUGGAUCUGGUCAAGAAGGUGGAGCCCUUCAGUGGCACUAAGAGUGAUGUAUACAAGCACUUCAUCACAGAGGUGGAAAGUGUUGGCCCUCUCAAAGCUGGCUUCCCAGCAGGCAGUCAGCGUGCCAACCCCUGCCCUGGUGCCCCCACUACCGGCCGUACAGAGCCUCCCUCAGAACCACCACGCAGAGCCAGGGUGGCUAAGUACAGGGCCAAAUUCGACCCACGCGUGACGGCCAAGUAUGACAUCAAAGCUCUGAUUGGCCGAGGCAGCUUCAGCCGGGUGGUACGUGUGGAACACCGGGCAACCCGGCAGCCAUAUGCCAUUAAGAUGAUUGAAACCAAGUACCGGGAGGGGCGGGAGGUGUGUGAGUCAGAGCUCCGUGUGUUGCGCCGGGUGCGUCACGCCAACAUCAUCCAGCUGGUGGAGGUGUUUGAGACACAGGAGCGCGUGUACAUGGUGAUGGAGCUGGCCACUGGUGGAGAGCUCUUUGACCGCAUCAUCGCCAAGGGUUCUUUCACUGAGCGUGACGCCACUCGGGUGCUGCAGAUGGUGCUGGAUGGCGUCCGGUAUCUGCACGCACUGGGAAUCACACAUCGAGACCUCAAGCCUGAGAAUCUGCUCUACUACCAUCCAGGCACUGACUCCAAGAUCAUCAUCACCGACUUUGGCCUGGCCAGUGCCCGCAAGAAGGGUGACGACUGCCUGAUGAAGACUACGUGUGGCACACCCGAGUAUAUUGCCCCUGAGGUCCUGGUCCGCAAGCCCUACACCAACUCCGUGGACAUGUGGGCACUGGGCGUCAUUGCCUACAUCCUGCUCAGUGGCACCAUGCCCUUUGAGGAUGACAACCGCACCAGGCUGUACCGGCAGAUCCUCAGGGGCAAGUACAGUUACUCUGGAGAGCCCUGGCCCAGCGUGUCCAACUUGGCCAAAGACUUCAUUGACCGCCUGCUGACAGUGGACCCCGGCGCCCGUAUGACUGCAUUGCAGGCCCUGAGGCAUCCAUGGGUGGUGAGCAUGGCAGCCUCUUCCUCUAUGAAGAACCUGCACCGUUCCAUCUCCCAGAACCUCCUCAAACGUGCCUCCUCGCGCUGCCAGAGCACCAAAUCUGCCCAGUCCACACGUUCCAGCCGCUCUACACGCUCCAACAAGUCACGCCGAGUGCGAGAGCGAGAGCUUCGGGAGCUCAAUCUGCGUUACCAGCAGCAGUACAAUGGCUGACCCGCCUGGCUGGGGAGCAGACAUGGCAUGGCCUCAGCCUGGCCACACAUUGCUGUGCCAUCUGGGCCCGACACCUUCUCUAGAGAUAAGCCUGUAUGGUCAGUGGUAGGUGAAUGGCCCCAGCCCCUUUUCUGUGCCUUCAGGGCUCCCAUCUUCACUCUGGGCCUGCGCCUGGCACAACAAAGUGGAGGGAGCCCAGGAGGCUCUGAGCCCUCUGAACUGGGAGCUUGGCCUGGCCCUGAUGUUCCAUUUGGUGGGCAACUGCUCUGGUACAAAUUGGGGGAAAGGCAGGACCUGGCCUUCAGCCUUCUCACCUCUUGGCUCUUCCUCAGAUCAAAAGGGCAUGCAGUGCCAGGGAAGGGUGUCCUGUAUUCCCAGGACUCUUUGGGACAGUUACUUCUGAAAUCCCCUCUUUGCUCCACCAAGCCUUCCUCCCUGGCUCCCCACAUUCCAUGGCAUCCUGAUCUCAUGAUUCUGCUCCAGUGAGAGGCCCAUGUAGGCACACAGCUUGUGCCAUGGUUGGUCUCUCAACCCCUAGCUAAGUCUGAAUACCCCUCCACUUCCCAGUGAACGUCUUUCAUGGUGCCCCCAGGGACCCCUCCCCACCCCAGGCUUCCCAGGGUCUCUGGGGGUAGGGCCAUGGUAUGGUCCUUGGCCCUCUGGACUGUGUGGCCAUGUUGGUGGCAGGCUUGCUCCAGGCUCCAGCCUCUCUCUGACUGUGAGAGUUUGCCCACCAGCCUACCACUCUCAGUGCCUUCUUUGCAGAGCCUGUCACUUCCCUCUCCCCCUUGGAAGCCCGUUCUGUUCCCCAAGUGCCUCCUUCCCAACUGUGGGGGAUUAAAAGGAGCCCCACUGCUGCUACCUGGGGGAUGGGGGCACCUGGGCCAAAGCAAAGGGCAGGGCUUCGCGGGGAGAGCACAGUCAGAAUUCCAGCAUCAACCCUAGCUCCACUCUUGUUACUGCCAGUUGCCUCUCCCUUCAGGCUCUGCUGUUCCCUCCUUUGCAGCUGCAUGAAGGUGCCAUCUAGUGUUUGGUACAAGUAUGGGCAGCCUAGGAAUGACUCAUCCUCUCCCUUUAUCCUCUAAGAGGAAGUGGGAAGAAAGGAGCUGCUGUAUUGAGGGAGGAUGCCCCGGCUGCUCAACUCUCUCCCCUUCUGCUGAGCUUCUGCACAGCUCGCCCUGGAACUUAGCCAUACUGUGUGACCUGCCUCUGAACCCUGAGUGCCUGGGGCAUUGGCCUUCUCACUGGUAGCCUUGCUCAGUCCAGUCUGUCCCUGCUUCUUUUCACAGCAUUACCGUUUUAGUCUGGGCCCCGCUGAAUCUCAAGACUGUGGAAUUGGGUGGCUGCUUUCCCAGAGGUCUGAGCCAGACUCCUCUUCUCAGUCAUGGUACCUCUUCACCACCACACACGGGGUGGAACCCAAGCCCUCUCCCUCCACAGCUGCUUUCAGUGGGUAGGAAGGAGCCAGGGCCCAGCUUUAGCCUUAGCUGGACUUCAAGGCCCCUGUCAGCAAGGAGGGUUUGGCCCUCAGUUCUUCCCAGUACCCUUGGGCCGGGCUGUCUUCUUUUUGCAUGUGCCACCUCCAGUGGGAAACCAAGCCCAAAGAGACCACUCUGGGCCACAUAAUCCAUGCUUUGUGCACCCUCUCCUUCUGUCCCCAGUGCUCCUAGCACAAGGCAGUGGAAAGCCCAAUCCCCACGGCCUCAGAAUUCCUACCACUUUCCCAAGUGCCUCUGGGGGCCUGAAGCCUUGGGGAUUUAUUUCCUCUCUUGGCCAGGAUGGGCCUGGUCCUGAGGGUAGGAAGUGGAAGUUUGGAGAUUUGGGCCUUUACACCAUGGACUGUGGAUGGAGAAUGUGCAGUUAUUUAUUUCGUGUACUCAGUUUGUAAUGUAUCCUCUGUACUCAAUAAACAGGCUGCCUUCCCCUAGGAAGGCUGCCCAUUCAUUUCGAUA